AUGGAAUGCCUGCGGAGCCUGGCCCAGCUCCUGCCCCACGUGGUGGGGCUGCCCAGGCGCAGCCUGUGCGCUCUGGCCUUGGGCCUGACCCCCGGCACUCGCCCCGUCGUCGCCUACGGCCGCGCCACCGAAUUGCUCGGAAGGAGGCGGGCCGCACCGCUGUGCUGGCCCCGCCGGCUCCCCAUGACAGGUGAAAUUUACCGGAAUAGAACUUCUGAUGUGUCUCAAGCCACUUUAGCCAGUGUAUCCCCGGUGUUUACUGUGACAAAAUUUGACAAAGAAGGAAAGGUGACUUCUUUUGAAAGGAAGAAAACUGACUUAUAUCAAGAAUUAGGUCUUCAAGCCAGAGAUUUGAGGUUUCAGCAUUUAAUGAGCAUCACAACCAGAAACAAUAGGAUUAUCAUGCAAAUGGAGUAUUUGAAAGCUGUGAUAACUCCAGAGUGUCUUCUGAUACUCGAUUACCGUAAUUUGAACUUGGAGCAGUGGCUUUUCCGGGAGCUCCCUUCACAGUUGGCUGGAGAGGGCCAACUUGUCACAUACCUUUUACCUUUUGAGUUUAGAGCUAUAGAAGCACUCCUGCAGUAUCGGAUCAACACCCUUCAGGGGAAACUUAGCAUUUUGCAACCACUGAUCCUUAAGACAUUGGAUGCUUUAGUGGAUCCCAAACAUUCUUCCGUAGACAGAAGCAAACUGCACAUCUUGCUACAAAAUGGCAAAAGCCUGUCAGAGUUAGAAACAGAUAUUAAAAUCUUCAAAGAGUCCAUUUUGGAGCUCUUGGAUGAAGAGGAGCUGCUGGAAGAGCUCUGCCUGACAAAGUGGAGUGACCCGUGAGUCUUUGAAAAGAGCGGCGCUGGGACUGACCAUGCAGAGGAGAUGGAGUUGCUGUUGGAGAACUACUACCGAUUAGCUGAGGAUCUUUCCAACGCAGCUCGGGAACUCAGGGCACUGAUCGAUGAUUCACAGAGUAUCAUAUUCAUCAAUCUGGACAGCCACAGUAAUGUGAUGAUGAGGUUGAACCUACAGUUGACCAUGGGAACCUUCUCUCUUUCGCUCUUUGGGCUAAUGGGAGUUGCUUUUGGAAUGAAUUUGGAAUCUUCCCUUGAGGAGGACCAUAGAGUGUUCUGGCUGAUCACAGGAAUUAUGUUUAUGGGAAGCGGCCUCAUCUGGAGGCGCUUGCUGUCAUUCCUCGGAUGACAGCUGGAAGCUCCGCUGCCACCUCUGAUGGCCUCUUUACCUAAGAAGAUACUUCAGGCAGACAGAAGGCUGGAAAUGAAACAAGGUGUCCUAACAAAUCGUUAG